GACGCCAUUUUGUAAACAAGGAAAACAAACAGGCCUGAAAGAAAAUUUCUAUUCAAGAUAAGCUGGUUAGCUUUCCUUCAGUAGGAGUGGUACAUCGACAAUAGUCUACUUUACUACAGGAAAACAACUUUGUAUAUUUUGUAAAUCUUUUAAAUACAGGUGUAAGAUUCUCGUCUAAAUAUGUUCCUUACUUUAAUGCAGUUAUAGAGUAUACUAUCUCCAACCACGUUGUAUCAUUCUGAUGUGAUGGUCUUGAAGAUGCCUGCAGCCUUAAGUUAUAUAUUCCUUUCUUUGAUGAUCGCCUCCUACAUUACACAAACCGUUGCCAUAGGACCCACUGAACAAGACCUCGAGCAAGCGCGAAAAGAAUGUGAAGCUAAAAAUAAACUUUUUUGCCCCAAAUAUGGCAAAUGCUGUGAGCAUACAGACUUUUGCCACGAAGGCACGUGUGAAACGUGUUUUCCCAUCAACAUGGCAGAGGAUUCCAGACUUGCGUUUUGUCAGCAGUUGUUCAACAACUCAUCACCGCUACCAAUGAGAAGCAACUCUUGUGACCAUUUUCUAGUAUGUCGUUCCCUGUUUAGCUUCAAGGAGUUAUUGAACAUUGAUGAACAAGAUUUUCAAAUAAACUGGCUUAAACAAAAUUUGAGCGCUGCACAAAAUGAAAUAAAACAGCUAAAAGAAGAACUGGCUCAUCAAAAAGAUGAACACAACAAAACCCUGAUCUUGGAACAAAAAGCGACAAAGAAACUCGAAGAAGAAUUAAAGUUGAUAAAACAAAGUUUGAACUCUACGUUUAUGGAAAAAGCAAAGCUUGAAAAGGAAGUAAAAGAAAUAAGAGAUGAACUGGCUCAUCAAAAAGAUUUUAACAACAAAAACCAGCUCCUAGAACGAAAAGCGACAAAGAAACUCGAAGAAGAAUUAAAGUUGAUGAAACAAAGUUUGAACUCUACGAUUCUGGAAAAAGCAAAUUUGGAAAAAGAAGUAAAAGACAUGAAAGAUGAUCAAGCUAAUCAAAAAGAACUAGUCAACAAACAACACAUCAUGGAACAAAAAGAGAGACAAAAGCUUCAAGACGAUUUCCUACAGUUAAAGCAAACUGCCUUAUGUCUAGGAAUAUUUGGGACUUUGGCAGGUAUUGGAGUGAUACUUGCAACCAUGGCAUUCGUAGUAGUACGGUUGGUGAAGACAGAUUGGUUCAGAUAUUUGUUCCCAGAACAGUUCCGUCCUGCUUCUAAAUCGAAAAAUUAUCAGUAUAAAACUUGCGCGACUAACGGAGAAGCAUCUAACGAAUUAGUGGCUCAGAGCGAAAGUCAUGAACAAUGUGUAAAAACAACAUACUUUGAUGAGUUUGUAAAGUCUACCAUAACACAAUGUGUCCAGAAUAGAGAUUUAGAGCUAUAUGUAAAAAUGAACAAACUGAAUGAAGACUAUCUACCUAAGAAAGAUAUAGAGGAACGCUUUAUAGCUAAGAAAGAUCUACAGGAAAGCUAUCUAGAUAAGACAUUUAUAAAGGAACACUAUCUAGAUAAGGAAGAAUUAGAGGGCAAGUUUGGCAAAAAAGACAAUCCAAAAAAAGAAAAGAAAGUUCGGUGUUGCACCAAUACUCCGGAAGAGGCCGAAAAUGACGUUCACGUUCACUUGGUUGAAGAUUGUUCAAAUACGCUUAAUGAUUUAAAGCUACGGUUUGAUGAGUUUGAGAAAGAUAUUAAACACCAAUUGAACAUAAUCAAAGCAAAGCUGAAAGUUGACGAUGGUAAUCAUAUGAUCACAGGAGCAAUCCAGCAGCUUUUUUUGAACCACCCACCCAAUAGUCCAAAGAUUGUCGAAAAUGAGGAGAUAGAUUUUUUUAACAAGAGUGGGACUGACCAAGAGACGGAAUGUCUAAUGUCAGAAGCCGCCAGCCCAAAGGCAGUCAUUUUACGCCAGUCCAAAUUGAAUUAG